UUGUGUUGGAUUUCCUUCGGAUUUUGGACGAUUUUGAACAUAUCUUGAGAGGCCCCCCUUCCGGAGUGUCUCCUUGGAGUGGGUGUUACUGUAGCGGCGGAAAAUUGAGGCCAUCGUGCACUCGAUUGGAAGCUGAGUUUUGUAUCUGAGUUUCUAGUUACUAUUGAUUCUGUAUUCGGCAAGGAUCGGCUCUGUUUGGUGCGGAAGGGUGAGCGACCGAGAGAGAGAGGAGAGAGAGAGCGAAAAGUCUUCAAAACUUGACCUUGGGAAACAGUGGCUUAUGACCUCGAAGCAGCCAUUCUUGUUAUUAGGAAGUCUAGAAAUGAAAUAAGCUAUUUGAAUUUUGUGUUUAAAUAAAUAAAAUUACGUGAAAUUCUCGUAUGGGGCAGUGGAAGUACAAUUUAUUUUAUUUUAGGAAGUGGGUCUUUGUGCGUAUUACAACGUUUUCCUAUUGUCUGUUUUUAACCCAAACCCAUACAUUAGAAUUUUUAAUAAUAAUUUAUUAUUACCAGAUUGAUAUAUUAUUCCAUUGUUUGAGGAGGUCAAGGAAUAAAUAGGAUUUUCUUCGACGUGAAAGAUGUUUCUGAGCGAAAAAUAUUAUUUGUUGUUUACAGGCAACUAGUCUUUGUCUAUGAUUCCUGAAGUCGGCUGUUUUCGUUCUAAUUUUGCUUUAUUUCAAAGUAACUAAUCAAAUAUUGAGACUGUAGGUAGUGUACACCUGGGACGCCUGUAAAAUGGGUUCUUGUCUUGACAUACUCAAGCAAAAGCAGAAUGAGAUCCAUAGUUUCAAUGAAAAUUAAAAGUGAAAAGUGGAAGGCAUAGUUGCAAAGGACAGCUCAAAACGGAGGACUACAGCAGGUGUCAUGGUUUCAACUCAUUGCAGAGGGAGAGAGUCUCUCCCCGAAAAUUUCCAUCGGGGAGGAGAGAUCGCAGCAGGAUGUGGCUGCAAUGCAGGUGAUAAGGGCACAUAUGUGGCUCCAAGAGGCGGGAACUUUGAGCAGCUGGACUCUGUCAGAUAGCAAAGUUAAACUUUGGCUGUUUUUACCAGGGCGACACGACGGUCUCAACCCAAGGGUUCAUGCUGCAGUUGCAGGUCUUAAAGUGGUUGGAUCUGGACUUUGGCGUGCGCCUGGGGAAUGUACUGAGGUUGGUUUUGCCUUGGAUCAGGCAUUACGAAAUCGAAUUGAGAAAGGAUUUCAAACUGUAUCUUAUGUUCGUUUUGGAGAUGUCUUUGUCAAAUGCUUGCGACAAAGUUCCAGCGAACUGAAUUUGAGGAAAUCACUUUUCAGCUGCGAGCUAGUAUUUACAGCAAGCAACGACGCCAUCUUUGUGCAUGUAUUUGUGCGCCGAAAGAGAGUUCGGCAGCUUGCAAUUAGUGAUUUGCAAGCAGCACUUGCUCAGCAGAGAUCCAACUUGGGCAUGUGCGAUAACAGUCUUGCAGUUAUUGUAGCCCCAAACGGGUUAUCUGGUCUUCUCACUGGGUGCUCACCCGAUGACCUGGUGACACAAUUGUACAAAAGCAAGAUACAGGCAUAUGAUGCAUCAUCCCUCCCGUUCCAUGUGGUAGGAUCUACUUCAGCAACUGGCACGACACCAGUGCAAAUGUGUUACGCAGAAGUAUUACUGGAUCAACUAUCGGGCAGCACAAGAGCUACUAGGUCUUCAGCCCCUGAAGCCUCAGAGACCAAGUCACAUGGAAAAGCUUUUAAUUCAGCAGACGGCGGACAUGUCUUAAUUUACCCAUUGGACGCAGUUCUUGCUCCUAUGCGGUCAGAAGUGCCCACUCACCCGUUCAUCCGAAGAUGUUGGUUUCAAGAUUGGGCCGGCGCAACUUGGCUGGAAGAUGGGAUGAAUGAGCAAGUUCCACCUUUAAACAGCAAGAAUGGGCUCGAUGGUGGCGAAAGUCGAGAGAAGUCAACUAUCACUGAAUUUGGCGCCAAUGGUUCGGUUCCUGGUCACAGCAGUGGGCCUGGCACUAGCAGCAACAGCAGUGGGGGAAGCACCAGCAGUAGCAGCCAAGGCAGUAGUGGCACUUCCAGCUCAAGCGAUGCUGACGGAGAUGGGCUAGGAGAAAUAGAAGCUGAUGGAGAUUCUUUAGGCAGUAAGGCAGCUGGAGUACUAGCCUCAAAACACGGUCCUUCCACGUCAUUGCAGGGGUUGGAUAUGGAUACCAGUGAUAUGAAAAAUUCACUUGGUUAUUCUCAGUUGGAAAUGCAGGGCACAAAAAGAGGACGUCAAGUGAAACCAACGGCUGCCUUUGAUUUCCCUUCUAAGGCUCUGAAACGCUCAAAUAGCAUUGGAAAUGACGUUCUAGAACUUGUAGAUGGGCCAAGUAAUGAUAAGAAGGGAGCAGGAUUUUUGGGAGAGUCAAGUGGAUUUGGGGGUGGUAUUAUGGGAGCUGGAACUCCUAGGGGAGGUGGAAGUCAGUCAGGGAAUCCUUGGGAUCAGUGGGACAAUAAUGACACUUUCGGGAUGGGCUUAGGCAUGGAUAUACAAAGUGAUGCGGACAUUCUAGCUGAGUUUGGAGACUUCGGAGACUUCUUUGAGGACGAUGGACUUGGAUUUGGCGAGCCCCCCGACACAGCAGAAUCACAAGCAUUGAUGUUUACCCUGCCUGAUUAUGGAGAAGUCAGUCAGACUCCGGGUACCGCACCUUUGGAUGCAUCAGAUCCACUGGUACUUCCGAUUCUUGAUUUUCCUAUGUUAGGAAAGGAUCAAAGUACUGGGGACCUUCUAAGUGAAAUGAAGCCAAUUACAUCAAUGGAAGUUUCUCAAGCUCCCAUCGGCGUACCUCCAUCUCCCACACAACAACCACUUGAGCUUAAUCUACGAUUGAAGUCUGAAGCCAUGCUUUGUUUUGCUUCCGGAUUUGAGCCUGUUGACAUGACUGGCGUGCCAGACGUAGGAGUGUCUACUUUAAGGGAUCCAUAUGUACCAGCGUCUAAAAGAAAAGCUGUCGAGUCUGUUCAGAAGGAAACCUAUCAGUAUUCAGCAACGCCAGUUUCUUAUCCUUCGAUUGAACGAAAGGAUGUAGGGAAGGACGAGCAAGGAAGUACCAAGUCUCCUAAUGAUUUUGGCGAUUCCAAAAAGAAGAAAGAGUUAACCGCUGACUACAUUGUUGUCACAGGCUCACAUGGAUCCAAGCAUGUGAACGGCAAGUUGCCUACUACUGAUGACAAGGGUCCAGAUAGGGCUGCAGGUAUGACUCUGCUAUCUAAUAAGCAGCCAGCGGAUAUCAGUGGUGGUGGUGGUAAUGGGACACAGAUCCCAGGAAAUUCUCUUGCUGCUCAUUCUCCAUCCUCAUUGAAACAUAAAGACGGUAAAAAAUCACCAACUCGAUCCUCAGUUGCUGUAUUAGCAACCGAGUUGGAGUGUGCUCUACUGCAGGUAAUGAUAUGCCGCGCCCAAGAUUCUUCGUCAUCUAAUUCAGGGAACUCAGGUGCAGCAAGUCCAGGAAAUGAGGCAGCCAGAUACUCUCCGUUGCCGUCCAAAGAUAGUGGAUCAGAGAUUACUCAGGUACAAUCCGACACCUUAGCUCAGUCGACAAGUGGCCUUGGUAAGCCUCACCAAGAGCGGCAGAAGAAAGUGCCAGAGAGAAUCGCUGGUUUUGCAGAUGAUGACAUGCAAGAUGGUGGAAGCCGAGUUGCACAGGUUGGUGUAUGGCGUCCUGUAGGCGUUCCAAAUCCUUUGCGUUCAUCGAACACCAUCUCUUCAAAAUAUGCAAAUGCUGUCGAUUUGCCCGUAGGAGUGUCGAAUACUUCUCCUAUAGACCCGACUAUGGAUGACGUAAUGGGAUCUGCCGAAAGACAAUGUCAAUGGCAGGAAAUUCUGGAGGCUGUUCCUCUGCUGGCACAGCAAGCCUCUACAGCAGUAGACGUUUCUUUGGAUGGGCAAUAUGAGGAUGGACCAUUUGGCUGGCUGGCUGCUCAAGAGGUGCAGAGGCAGCAACGCAAGCGCAGAUCAGAUUGCAGUCAAGCAGGCGGAGGAGGCAUGCUGGCUUCUACGAGGUGUCUUGAUCAGUCAGGAAUGGAGAUACUCGACCCACUAUCUGCCGAGAUUUCAGCAGCCACAAUAGCAAGCCUUCUCCAGUCUGAUGUGAGGAUGGCAAUCUCCAAUGCUUUUGGAGAUACUGCUGCUGAUGGACCCUUAGCUCUUAUUGACUGGUGCAAGGGUUGUGUGCAAGGCUCAGAUGGCGGACUUUGUGCAGAGAGUACGAAUACAGAAGUGAACAGCACUGUCACUGUUGUCGGGGAAUCUAUGACUCCGUCUCAGUCAGGUGGGGUUUUGAAAGGAGCUGACAUUGAUGAUAUAAGACGGAACAGUAGCAGCAGUCGUGCUGUUGAUUCGUCAUCUCUCUCAGAUCAGACUGAUCCUUCCCAAAGAAGAGGGCUGAGUGAUGAUUCAGGGUUUAGUCAUGCGGAUGCCUUGGGAUACAACGAGUCCUCCAUACUCGCUAUUCCCACACCUUCCUUGCUUGUUGGCUAUCAGGAGGACUGGUUGAAGACUUCUUCUAGUGCACUCCAUCUCUGGGAAAAGGCUCCUCUCGAACCAUAUGCACCUUCCAAGCAGGUGAACUAUCAUGUCAUAUGUUUGGCUUCAGAACCGCUGGUCACAGCUACGGCGGAUUUUUUCCAGCAACUCAGCUCAGUGUAUGAAGUGUGUCGGCUGGGAUCUCAUAUGCCGGUUGGUACAGCUGCUGGGCAAUCCGGCUCCAUCGCAAGUUCUAGCAAACAGGCGCUGUCUGGCUUUUCUCUUGUGGAUAUAUCUGGUGUAUCACACUCGACAGCUCGUCGGGAAUACUUUACUGCGUCUAAUUAUAGCUUGGCUAAGGCUUUUGUAGCUGAUAUGACUGCGAAUUGGAAUAUGGCUGAAUAUAGGAAGGCUCUCAAGAAAGCUUGUAAGGCAUUGCCCAUCUCAUCUGGGUCUUCUGUAAGUCAGAGGGAGCCAGAGCAAGGUCCUUGCACGGUUGUUUAUGUAGUGUGUCCUGUUUCGGACCCUGCUGGGAUACUUCAAAUCAUGGUUGAUGCUUGCACAAGCUUAGGCUCUGGAAUAACAGGUGCAGAUUCUCAACGUCAUGGACCAUCGACACCAGGAGAGGAUGCCAUGUCCUCAAACAUUUUAGGAUUUUCAAUACCUCGGUUUGCUUUACAGUUGGUCACCGCUGAAACUAUUUUCAAGAAUAGUGGGCCCCAAGCCUCCUCUGUAGAUGUUUUAAAAGAAGUUGCAUUGGGUGUGUAUAAUAAAGUUCGUCGUAUUCCACGUCGCUCUCAAAGGACCGAGGGUCUGCAGAAUGCUGGAGCUGCUGGCUCACGUGGACAGGGAGGCAAUAUUGGAAAUCCUUCGGGAAUUCAAUCAAAUGCGUCCAUGCCUGGUCUUUGGAAGGAUUGUAGCGGACAGCGAAGUAGUGGGAAUCCUACAAUGGCUACAGUGAAUUCCAGUAACAACCACAACAUGUGGGAGAACAGCUGGAAACAAUCAAUCCAGACAGAUCUAGGUACCGCAAGCAAUGAAAUAACUGAAGAAAAAAUAAGGUAUAUGUACGAGCCUGCAUACAUCCUUGCCAGAAGCGGCGCACAAGCUCCAGCUAGAACUUUGUCAUGUGACGCUACCCGUGAUGCUGUUGCUGUUAGCAGCCACAGAACUUCUGCCGCUGCUAGCAGUGGACCUGAUGUGGAUUCCACUGCAACUACUGAAAGAUUAGAUGGUGAUGCAAGCAGCGCUGCCCAACAGGCUGCUGACCUUUACUGUUGUUAUACUUGGUCGGAAGAUUGGAAUUGGUUGGUGUCUGUAUGGACCGAUGCUAGAGGAGAACUGUUGGAUACACUAUUGCUGCCUUUGACUGGAAUAGAUACCACAAGAGAGAAUUGUCUGCGGUUGUUGUUUGAUCAGAUUCUACAGCAAGGUCUUCAAUUGUUAAAUUUGGCAGUAGAAGCAGGCAGCUGUAGGUCUCGGGGGCUAAAUAUUACCCGCCUUGGUGGAUUCUAUGUGAGAGAAUGUCAAGAAUGGCACCGGGUCAUAAUACUAGCAGGAGCUGAUGAAAUGCGGAAGUGGCCGGUACAGAUACGACACCCGGAUUGCUAUUCUUCCAACAGCGUGGGAGGGACGGGAAGCUCAUCUGACAUUGGGUUGAUGACUGACAGAGGACUGGGACUGGCUGGUAGUGGGCCAACAUCACCUAGCCCGUCGUCCUCUUCAUUUGGUGGACGCGGAAAGCCUUCUCAUUACAGCAAAUCUGGAGCAGAGAUGAGUUCAGGAAUGAACAGACUGCAGAACCAAGCUACGAAUCAGAUGGCAGCGACAGAACCCAAUAGCGGAGGCUUUAAGUGGGUACACAGCAUAAGCUUGGUUUCUGUGCGCGUGGAUCAGAGCCUUCAGAUUGUCUCUACUACUGAUGGACCUCCUGAGGGAAACUCUUCAUCAGGACCAUCGUGGCCAGCAGGCUCCGGCUCCGCCUCAAGUGGAGUGGUGAGCAUGGGUGUAAAUGCAGUGAAAACUUUAGCCUUAACAGGGGCAUCGUAUCUGGUGGUUCCUUCUCAUGUGAACCGACCCCUAUCUUCCUCUUCACUAGAGCUUCUGCUUGAAACUCCGUACUCUGAGCAAUCCCCUUUGGCACAGCUACUCCAGAGCAGCGGAGUGGCAUUUCCGGUUUCCACCGCGUAUGCAGUUUCUGCAGGUACAAGCUCUACUAUCAAUGACUUCGCCCAAAAAGGCAUGAAGGAGGAUUGGCCUUCAACCAUGAGCGUGGGGUUGGUGGCCCAUUACGGUACCUCCUCUAGGCUGGGCACUCCAGUCCAAGACUCUGCUGGUGUCGCCAUGUCCAAAUCUUUCAAGUCGACGGUGGUGGAAUCCAAGGAGCAAGCUCUGGAAGUACAUCGAGUUCUGCAAGCUGUGGCUUCGGAUUUGCAUGCUUUGUCUUGGCUCAAUGUGGGCCUUACUUACGUAAAGCGUAGAUCCCCGCUUCCCUUUCACUGUGAGGUUGCUCAGCGCUCUCAGCGCUUGCUCGACUUCUUAGAUGCUGAGCACAGACAUGGGGUAACAAAUAUGUCAUAGGGGUUUACGUAGUUAUUUAACAGGGGUUAGGGUUGCUUGUGCUGUUGUGGAGUUGUUCUGCUCUUCCAGUUCAUCACUAUUCUUUUCUCAACUGAGAAGUUGAGGUUGUGUAUUUUGUUGUAUUCCGAGGUUUAUGAAGAGAUAUUGCCACCCAUAGGAUUCUCGCUUCUUUUUAAAUUAUAACUUUCAAUAUAUUAAAUAGUGUUCGGCAUUGCAUCUACAGAUAGGAUUCAUACUAAGGAAAACUUUUCAAAGAAUUUGGAGGGUGGCUACACUUAUCUUUGAACAUGUGUUAAUUGCAAGGUAUCAAAUACCAAAAGACGUAAUUCCUGUAA